AGAACACAUACUUGUACGCAUCAAGUAGCGCGUUUCACAAGGUUUGGCAUUCCAGCCAGCGAAACGAAGCGCGGUGUGCGCGUACCAUUUAAGCCGUCAGUGGUUUUGUGUCGCUUGUUUGAAGUUUAACUUGGAUGCUUGAAUUUGUUGGUUCCAUCGGUAUUAAAAAAGUACGCAUACUCGACUACGGUAGCAUCCCCAACUGCCACCAAUUUGCAACUUAUACCGGAAGAAUUCAAAUUACACGCCCUGAUUAUCGUUAGUCGAAUAAUAAUAGGAUUGACAUUUGUUGCAACUUGCAAGAAAUGCCUACUGGAAUUUACCAAUCCAACACCGCGGACGUCUUGGGCGAAGACGGGCUCUUUCGCUGCGGACGCGUGGUGGACGUGACCGAUAACGGUCUAUUCGUUGAUCUUUUGUGUCCUGAGCGACGACGACAGUUUAUUCCUUUCGAUCGCAUCUACCGUUCCACCGAAUCGCGCCGUGUCCACCAAGGGGAAUUCCAUGGUGGAAGGGCAUUUACGAAACCAGUAGAAGUCUUAAUGCGGGACUCACCUUCCGGCCCGUGGACGUGGUUCCCCGCGGAAAUUGUCAAUAUAAAUCGCGGAAUCUGCCACACAGCCUGCCAUGUGGCCGUGGUAAGCUGGCGGAAUGGAACAAGCUGUUCGGAUUUCGUCCCGAUUGAACGUGUGCGCUAUCGUCUGCCCAGUGAGUUUUGGAUGAGACUGGGUCGAACUCACGAUGUUCCACUCCCACUCCCGCUGGUGCCUGCUCGUUCGUGGUGGGGGGAUUCGGAUACACUGCGCGAAAUGGUUAACUGCGUCCAAAGCGGGGAGUUCGUUAAGGGUAGUGUGCAGAUACCGAAAUGCCCUAGCUCGAUUUCUGCUGAAAAAUUGCUCAAGCAACUGAAUCGUACCAAGAUGAUUUUCGGAUCAAGAUAUUCCUGUGAAGUUUCUUUAGUGGAAAUCGUUGAUGGACGGCUGGGCUAUAUCGUGCGUCACACUCGAGCCUGUAAUUUAACAGGCGAAAGUAAAGCCGAAAAUCCAGUUUUCGAGAAAUCUCGGGAAGACUUCCAUGAACACUUUGAACGCACCAUCGAUAGAAUCAGCCCCGACUUUACUGAUUCGGCAUCCAGCGAUCAUUUCGGAGAACUACCAGUGGAGCUGUGGUUGGAAGUCUUCUCCCAUUUGGACACCAUGACACAGACAGCCCUGCGUGUGGUUUGUCCAGGAUGGAAUUCUAUCCUCGAGUCUCCUACAUUAACAGCAAAUAUUCUUAUCACGAACUCGGGGAGCAACAAGAAGAAGAGUUCUGGCCGUCUGGAGUAUGACCUGUUGUCACCGAUCUUUAAAUGUCUUACCGCAUCCACGCAGCGCAUCGUCGUCGUUAAUCAGCGUCGGCUGAUGGAAGCCAAGGAUUUCUUGCUGAAUGUCCCGCAAAUGAUACACUACGUUGCCGUACGCAACGGAGGAAUUCAUCUGAAAACCGUCCACUGGGUUAACUUGCAAUAUCGUUUGGUAUUCGGCAAUCGUUACGACCAUGUAGGUUACAACCAGUGCGUGCUGCAUCGCGGUGAAUCAACAGAAUACGGAAAACUAAGCUUAUCUGCUGUUGGUCUUCAUGAUUUCAUUGAGUUAUGCCGGGACCUCCCGUGUAAAGCCGUUCAGCUGAAUGGUUGUACUGUCCUUCUGGAAUGGACCAUAUUUGGCGGUUCUCCUUCGGAGUUGCGAUUACAUUUGUUGAAUAACAGUCCCAAGGUAAAGGUGAAAACGCUCCCUGAUUUCGGCUGCGAAAUGUGGGAUGUCUUGGAAGCUGCGUUACCGGCACUUAGCAGCGAGCAGUUGGAAACGCUAUCCGAGUGGCUGCAGUCUCAUACAGCUUUACAGAACGCAGAUUCAAAAAGUACCAAAAUAAUAUGCAAGGCUUUGUGUGCGACGCAGACAGUGGACCCGCGCUUGUCAUCGCACUACCGCGAGAAACAAUGGUGCAUCGAAGGUCUUCAAAAUUUGAAAAUGGAAAAGCUCUCCCAUCUGACGCAGCACUUCUGUAUAAAGCUGGCGAAGCUGCAAGGAAUCUAAUUUGCGCUGACAGCAUUUCAAAGCCAUUUUUUAUUUCCGAUGUACUUAUAAGCGUUCCGGUAAACUUACUUUUGUACUGAAUUUUGUUGUCAUAAAUACUGAAUUUUUCUGAAUGCUGAAUUACUGAAUACUGAAUUUUUUUUUGUACUGAAUUUCGUUGUCUUGUCCACUUUACAGUUUCUUGAUGAUGGUAAUAAAUGUAAGAAAACUUUUUAUCAUCUGCAGUGUAUCGCCGUUCUGGUUGCCCGACACAAUAAACCG